UGUUCAUGCUCUGAAAUAAGCUAACAAGAACUUCGAGAUAAUAAAGAAGCGUGCACACUGUCCUCUGCAGCUCACUGGUAUGUGAUGUAGGCGGUGUGACGCCCCAUAUUGCAGUAGACCUGCAAUCAAGCAAGCCUGGAUGUCGACGGCAUUGAAUGUCGAGACGAAGCUAGCCUGCCUAAUCAGAGCACAACCACAAGUGUACGUCGACGUAAGGGGGUGAAGGAUCCCAUGUACAGGGGACCUUCACUACCUGGUCCUCUUGGGCCACCAGAGCUGGAAGAGCCUAAGCGGCCACCUCCUGAAUACACCAAGUCCCUGAAGCCACUGGCCAUACAGAAGGGGCGAUGGGCGCGUAUUGUUUUCGGCAUGCUGCUGACCUUCGGGACAAUUCUGCUGCUGGGCUCUCUGGACGCUUCAGAUGUGUACCGCGCACUUGUGCCACAGGCCAAGCAGAGGUACCAUCAGGAGCUGGAAAUGCUGGUGAGGCAAGUAGAGAUCGAGAGGCUGGAGCUCGUCCAGAAACUGGCGCAUGAGUUCCUGGCAUACAAGGGCAUGAAGACGGAUGUGGAAGAAAAGGGGAUGAAGAGGCGGGAGCAGCAGGCAGAGUAUGACAGGGUGCAUGAGAUCCACCAGGACCGCUUGGAGUCAUUGGUCAUGGAUGCACAGGACCCCACCAAGCGGUCAGCGUGGGAGGCAGAGUUGAACAGCAGCUUGUCCAAGCUGGAGCAGGCUAUUGGGGAGCAUAAUUAUGCCACAUGGGGCGAAUACAGCUUCCUGUUGAAGCUUCAGCACACCCGCCACGAGAUCAGCGCACUUGAUCUGGCAGCUGCAGACAUGAAAGCCAUCAGGUAUGGGGAUGGGCGCCCGUCUGGGCUGUUGAAGGGGCACCCAGCCAAGCUGCUGAGAACCAGUACACAUCAGCCCACAGGGUCAGUGUUCAACCGCGAGAAGCUGGUGGAGAUGUAUGAUCCAUUGCUGUACUGGACUGCGUUGCCAGAUGGGUUUGUGACAGAGGAGGGGCGGACGGACCUGGAAGCCUAUGCAGCAGAAACCAUAGCAGGAACAAAGCUGCUGCCGGUGUUCAACACUGGAACUGCCUCAAACAGGCAUCUGCUGGAAGUAGACGAGCCCAUCAGUAAUGCAAGCGUUGGGGACUUGAAGUAUGGAAGGAGAGAGGAUGGCGCUCAAGAGGGGAUGGAAAUAGUGGAGAGUGCUGGCAAGGUUGCGGCGAUGUUGAAAGGGCCGAGUAGGAGCAUCAAAGCCAAUGUGCUGUGGCUGGAUGCCAACCCCGAUGCCAAGCAGGCCCUGCUUGCCGAGCCAGCUGGGAAGGGCAAGGGCCGGGAAGCGGAAGCAGGGGAUGCAAAGACCCUUAGGCAGGCAAUAGAGAGGGGCGUCAUUGCCUCAGGACGUGCCACUGCUGCCGGCAAAGACAGCGACAUCCAGCCGGCGACGGACUCGGAGGCGGCGAGGCAUCGCGCGAAGCGGCGAGCGACGCAGGAUCGGGUAGCGGCCCAGCAGCAGGCGCACGAGGUGCCGGUCUUGGGCGGCGUUGACUCCGGGCAGCGCCUGAUCGGGCUCGCAGACGGCGACAGCUCAGCGGGCUCAGCGCAGCGGGUCGUGCCCCUGCUGGGGGCCACCAUGCAGCAGGCGGCCGCCAUGGACGCGGCCAUGUCGGCCAAGGCGGCAGCUGCCGCGAAGGCGGUGGCGGCUGCUGAGAAGCUGGAGGCGGCUGGCGCGGCGGUGGCGGCUGACGGGGAGGCCGCGCGGCACGCUGCGCACCGGGCUGCGCAGCGGGGGCAGUCAAGGGUGGCGCCUGGCAAGGAAGAGGGGGAGGCUGGAAAGGGUGUGGGCUCUGGGGGCGAUGACAGCGUGCGCUGCCGCAUGGCCGCCAUCUGUGAGGGAGCGGCCGCCUGCCAGCCAGGUGAGACGCUGGGGUGCAUAACGGGCAUGGUGCAGCGCCAGGCGCAUGUGAAGGAGGCGAUGCUGUGGAGCUGGAAGGGAUACAAGGAGCAUGCCUGGGGCCGGGACGAGCUGCUGCCGCUGUCGAAGACCCACAACAUGUGGUUCGAUCUCGGGCUCACGCUCGUAGACAGCCUGGACACGCUGCUGAUAAUGGGCCUGCAGGAGGAGUUCAGAGAGGCACGCGACUGGGUAGACACCAGCUUGAAAGUAGACCCGGACAUGGACGUCAACCUGUUUGAGACGACCAUCCGCGUGCUGGGCGGCCUGCUCGCUGCUUUCCACCUGUCGGCCGGGGACCAGGUGAAAAAUUUCUGCAAUGCAGGCAUCCCGUUCUCGGACGUGAACUUGCGCACGCACAAUGUGCACCAGCCGCCCUGGACGCAGUACUCGUCACUGUCGGAGGUCUCCUCGCUCUCCCUGGAGUUCACCUACCUCGCCCGCGCCGCAGGGGAGGGUGCGGGUGGGCAGAAGUCGAUAGAGGUAGUGGAGAGGCUGAUGCGCACGGAGGGGCGCACGAAUGGACUGGCGCCGUUUUAUGUGGACCCGGCCAGCGGAGCGCUGAGCGGAGGGGUGCUCACUCUGGGGGCAAGAGGGGACAGCUACUACGAGUACAUGCUCAAGCAGUGGCUCAUCUCCGGCAAGAGGCAGCCAUUUUUCCUCGAGGGGUACAAGGAGGCGAUGCAGGGGGUGCGGAGGAAGCUGCUGGCGCGCACGGCGCCGCAGGGGGGCCUGCUAUAUGUGGGAGAGCUGCAUGGCGAUGUCCUGGAGCCCAAGAUGGACCACCUCGUCUGCUUCCUGCCAGGGCUGCUGGCGCUGGGGCACAUGCACGGGGUGAACACGGGGGCGGCGGGCGAGGAGGAUGACCUGGCAAUUGCGCGGCAGCUCAUGCGCACCUGCUACGAGAUGUAUGCGCGCAUUCCCACCGGCCUGGCGCCCGAGAUCGUGCACUUCACUCAGCGCGACGGCGGCCACGACUUCCCCAAGCAGCACGCGCAUGACACCGGUGGCGGCGACUUCUCCGUCAAGCCGCAGGACGCGCAUAAUCUGCUGCGGCCGGAGACGAUGGAGUCGCUGUUUGUGCUGUGGCGGGUCACGCGCGACCCGGUCUACCGGGAGUGGGGCUGGCUCAUGUUCCGGGCCUGGCAGAAAUUCGCGCGCGUCGCUACCGGCGGCUACGCCAGCCUCAACAGCGUCCUGGAGGUGCCGCCGGUGAUGCGGGACAAGAUGGAGAGCUUCUGGCCGGCAGAGACCCUUAAAUACCUGUACCUCCUCCUGGACGACUCCUCCCCAGAGCUGCUGCCGCUGGACCAGUUUGUGUUCAACACUGAGGCGCACCCGCUGCCCAUAACCGGCUCGGCCGCGGACACGGCGGCCGGGAAAUUUUAUGUGCGCGGGCCGCGAAACGACAGCGCGCCAGGCGUUGCGGCGAGUGACGGCGCAACGAAUGACACCCUAGAGCAACGAGCGCGGGAGUGGGGAAGCGCCUUGGCUGUGAUCGGGAAUGCGAAUGCCUAUUGGGCGGCAAAUGUGAGCUGGCAUGGGGCGGGUGCUGCUGUGAGGGAUGCAGCACUGCGCAGUGCCCUGACAGGCCGAUCUGCAGGCGCCUCGGCUGCAUGGCAAUAG